GUAGGUAUAGCAGCAGCCAUCUGAAAUUGAUUCCAGCUGAUCAUCACACAGUUUUCCACUUGAUAAUUUCGAAAAUCCAAAAUUCAGCCAGAAUGUUUUCGAUGGGAUCAUUGCGCUCAGCGCCGCCACUGGCGCCCAAGUGCCCGUGCCACCAGCCGGAAAAGCGGGACUGCGGCGAGGACAGCAUGGCCAAACUGGCCGAGUACCGCCGGCUGGACAUCGAAGACGUCACCGACAGCGUGAUGAAGGUGAUGCGCAUCUGCGGUCUGCGACCUUGGGAGGUGAAGCGGAGUGCGGGGGUGAUCAAGCGGUCCCUGCAGCACUACGAGGAGGUCAUCCAGCGGAUUGACCGGGUGCCGCGCAAGCGGUUCGCCAAGGAGAGCUUUCUCCACGGACUGGCCCACGAGGCGCACAUGUCCCGCAUGGACGCCCAAAUGGCAUACGCGAUUGUCAAACGGGCCUUUAAGGCGUUCUACCACGGCAUGGGCUCCGAGGGUCGUCGCUACACGUGUCUGCAGGACAAGAUGACCCACGGGGAGGAGUGCCUCUGGUUGCAUGCUGCUCGCCGCACGGCGGAGAUCCAUGCCGCUCUGGCCGGACUCAUGCACUCCGAGGAGAUGCUGUUCGAGGAGCCGAUCGAGUGCGUCUACAAGGGCCUCUACGACGUCCUGCAGACGCGAGUCGUGUGGGCCGACAACAUGACCUGCACCUGCGGACUGCAGACGGCCAACCAAUCGCAUCUGCCCUCCAACACGGCCUCGAUGACCACCCAGAUGGAGGUGCUCUACGCCCGGGAGAACAUGGGCGCGAGCAGUGCCCCCUCGAAGACCUCCACUCGGGCUGGGACUCAAAAGAACUCGACGGCAGUGAGCACCGCCUCCUCGCGCCACAACCACAGUCUGAAGAAGGCCGAUCAGACGCUAUCCAGGAAGCAGACUCCACUGAGUGGCAGUAGCACCACGAAAGUCAGUCUGCCCAAGUGCAAGUGCCCGCAUUUGCGAUGCUGCCGUGAAGGUGGCGAGGCCCGGGAAUCGCCGGAGAUCACGGCGGAGUGCAGUCAAGGACCCUACAUCUGCCGCUGGCUACCCUUCACCGAGGAGGACGAUGAGUUCCCCGAGCACCGCGUGCCCUUUCCGCCCAUGGACGUGGUGUGUCCGCCCUGCUCCAAGGAAGAUAUGUCCUGCGACUCAGAGUGCACCUGCACCUGUGGCCAGGUGUGCACCUGCCGUCCGGCCUUCGAUGGCGAUGAUGAUGGAGUCGCUGAGGAGGAGCACCUGGGCGAGAAGUUGUCCAGGAGCGGACUGGAGGACUACGACACGGACUUCUGCUAUGUGGCUCCACUGCGAGGAAGCAGUCGCGAAAGGAUGGCCAGGGUAAAAGCCAAGGAGCAGCUUGAGCAGGUCGAGGAGGAGGAGCAGGCCGAGGCGGAGGAGGAGGACAUCCCGUGCCGCUGCGAACUCAAGCAGAUGUGCUAUCCCCAUCUCUUCACCUACCUGACGCCCUUUGGCAUCAAAAAGAGUGAAAUCGAAGAGCAGCCAGAGGACAAACUUAAGUUUGAGGUGAGUGAAAGUGAAAGUGAGGAUCUGCUUUCUAAGCCACCACCCUAUGGCGUAUCCUUGGACACCUACCGCUGCUGGGUAAAGCCCCCAUCGUCCAGCCAUUCCAGUGAUGAGACCAAGCCGGCCCUCGUCUUGGUUUCGGCUGAAAAGGCCAAGCCCAAAUUUCAGAUCACCAUCAAGGAGCAACAUCACUCUACUAAGCCAGCGACUGCUCCGCCAGCAGCUCCACUCCCCAAGCCUCCGGUAUUGCCCAACAAGCCAGCUCCAACUCCGGCGCCCUCAAAGCCCCCAGUGGCCCCUCAAAAGGCCGAGGACGAAAAGCUCACCAAGGAGGACAUCCUGGACAUUAUUGGCUUGAGGUUUAGAUAGGUGAAAAUAUCUAAUCCGAAAUCGAUUGUCUAUAGCAUUGGCUGCUCUCUUGCGGUGAAGCUAGUUCAUGUUCUUAAAAUUGUUAAAAUAUAAU